AUGGCGGACGUGUUGAGUGUGCUACGCCAGUACAACAUCCAGAAAAAAGAAAUCGUCGCUAAAGGAGAUGAAGUUAUUUUUGGCGAGUUUUCGUGGCCUAAAAAUGUCAAAACCAACUAUGUUAUCUGGGGAACUGGCAAGGAGGGCCAACCCAAAGAGUACUAUACUCUGGACUCCAUCCUCUUCUUGCUUAACAAUGUACAUCUUCCCCAUCCAUCCUAUGUGCGCAGAGCUGCUACAGAGAACAUACCUGUAGUGAGAAGACCUGAUCGAAAGGACUUGCUUUCUUAUCUCAAUGGAGAAAGCUCAUCAUCAACAAGUAUCGACAGAAGUGCUCCCAUUGAGAUAGGUCUACAAAGACCAACACAAGUCAAAAGGGCUGCGGAUGAGGUUUCUUCUGAAGCGAAAAAGCCACGGGUAGAGGAUGAGGAGCGAGUGCGUCUGGAUAAAGAGCGUCUGGCAGCUCGACUGGAAGGCCAUAAGGAAGGCAUCGUGCAGACGGAUCAGAUCAGGUCUCUGUCAGAGGCCAUGUCUGUGGAGAAGAUCGCUGCCAUCAAAGCCAAAAUCAUGGCCAAAAAGCGCUCCACAAUCAAAACAGACCUUGAUGACGACAUUAACUUGAAACAGAGGAGCUUUGUGGAUGCCGAGGUGGACGUGACCAGAGACAUCGUCAGCAGGGAGAGAGUGUGGAGAACACGCACCACCAUUCUGCAGAGCACUGGGAAGAAUUUUUCCAAAAGCAUUUUUGCUAUUCUCCAAUCGGUGAAGGCCCGUGAAGAGGGGCGUGCCCCAGAGCAGAGACCAGCACAAAAUCCCACACAGGUGGACUCAUCCUUAAGGAAUAAACAGCCAAUCCCAGCAGCCUACAACAGAUACGACCAGGAGAGAUUCAAAGGGAAAGAGGAAACGGAGGGAUUCAAAAUCGACACAAUGGGAACCUAUCACGGGAUGACGUUGAAAUCCGUGACGGAAGGGGCCUCUGCAAGGAAGGCACAGACCCCAGCCAUGCAGCCUGUUCCCAGACCAGUCUCGCAAGCUCGCCCCCCUCCAAACCAAAAGAAAGGGUCAAGAACUCCCAUUAUCAUCAUCCCAGCUGCCCCUACUUCUUUAAUCACUAUGUUGAAUGCUAAAGACCUCUUACAGGACCUCAAGUUUGUUUCGUCAGAGGAGAAGAAGAAGCAGGGAAUACAAAGGGACAACGAGGUUUUACUUCAAAGGCGCAAGGAUCAAAUCCAGCCAGGCGGUACCACACUCAGCGUCACAGUGCCCUACAGGGUGAUAGACCAGCCUCUCAAACUGGCUCCACAGGACUGGGACCGUGUGGUGGCCGUCUUCGUCCAGGGUCCUGCAUGGCAGUUCAAGGGUUGGCCAUGGCUCCUUCCUGAUGGUUCUCCUGUGGACAUUUUUGCAAAAAUCCGAGCCUUCCACUUGAAGUAUGACGAGUCGCGGUUGGACCCCAACGUGCAGAAGUGGGACGUGACUGUGUUGGAGCUGAGCCACCAUAAACGCCACCUGGACAGGCCCAUCUUUCUGCGUUUCUGGGAAACGCUCGACAGAUACAUGGUCAAGCACAAGUCCCACCUGAGAUUCUGAAAACGGACUGUAUUUUUCAGUCUUGUAAGACUGAUCCAACCAACAGCACCUGUUAAUUCCCUCUUCUGCAUCCUUGGCCUCACACCAGCAGUGGUCAGUUUGAAACCUUCACUGACUCUAAGCCCUCUGUCACCUUUUUGAGGCUUUCAGUCACCUGUUUUCCCACAUGUAAAUGUAUGGUUGAUUCAAACAGGAAACUCAACAGUCUACUGGCCUUUGAUGUGCUGGAGUUUGAGGAAGCUGGGAUGAAUGGUAGAGGCAUGUGAGGGUGGACGUAUGUUUGGCGGAUCUUGCUUCGAGGUUUCCAUUCAACUGUAAAGCAACUUAGCGUUUAGACAGAGAUAGAAAAUUCGU